UAAAUAACACUCGCUAAAUGGUUUUAAAAUUAUAUUUUCCUCAUAGUCAAGAUAACAUACAUGGUUUACAAUUAUACAAAAUUGAUAGAAAAAUAGAAAAAACAAAAUUGGAAGCCAUGGAAGAAGAAGGUACGACACUAUGACAGGUAUGAGGUGUACAAAAGUAGGUUAACCCAUCCAAUAAAAAGCUUAAAUUACUCCACAAAAGAAGCAAUUAUGUUAUUUACACAAUCUAAUCUCAAAAGAAGCAAUAAUUAAGACACCCAGUUUAUUCAAUAUUCCUCUGUUUAACCAGCCCCUCUUUCUUCCCUCUCUCUCCUUUCAAAUUCUUUCUCUCAACACACCGUUUAAACCGGAACACCAUCUUCUUACCUCAAAAAAAGUACUUUUUUAAAUUUUCUCCCAGAAAUUCUUCUAAGUUUAAAGAUUUUAAAAAAAAAAAUAUUAAAAAUUGUUUGAGAAUGAAAACUUCUGUGAAGAACAAUUUCAUGGCACCCAAUUUAAUUUCUAACCUUAAUCAAGCUCUUUUAAGGAGGAAAGAUGCAGAACAAGAUGAAUCCUCUAAACCCACUUCAUCUUCUUCAAAAUCUGAGAAUGUGAAUCUUGAUGUUGAAGAUGAAGACUGUACAAAACCCAGAAUUUUGGUUACUAAUGGUGAUGGAAUUGAAUCCCCUGGGCUCACCUACCUUGUUGAAGCUCUUGUUAAAGAGGGUCUUUACAAUGUCUUUGUCUGUGCCCCUCAAAUGGAUAAAUCAACAUCAGGUCAUGGGGUGACAUUUGGAGAAACAAUUGCUGUAAGUUCUGUUGAGAUGAAUGGUGCCACAGCUUUUGAGGUUUCAGGGACUCCUGUUGAUUGCGUUUCACUGGCAUUAUCUGGGGCUUUAUUUUCUUGGUCCAAACCUAUGCUGGUGGUUAGUGGGAUCAACAAGGGUUCAAAUUGUGGGCAUAAUAUGUUUUACUCUGGUGUUGUCGCUGGGGCAAGAGAAGCAUUGAUUGGCGGUGUUCCUUCAAUUUCUAUAUCGUUGAAUUGGAAGAAAAACGAAAGCCAGCAAACUGAUCUCAGGGAUGCUGUGGCUGUUUCAGUACCAAUAAUUAAAGCUGCUCUUAGGGAUAUAGAAAAUGGAGUCUUCCCUAAAAAGUGUGCAUUCAGCGUGCAAAUCCCUAUGUCUCCCUUAACAAAUAAGGGUUUCAAGGUCACAAAGCAAAGUUUGUGGAGACCUACUUUGUGUUGGCAGGCUACAUCUGUCAAAAGGCAUCCAUUCAUGUCUAAUCAACCUUGUUUAGGCUUUCAGCUUGCACAACUUGGUCGAGAUGCAUCUGCUGCUGGUGCAGCUCGCCAUCUAAUUGGUCAAAAGAAGAAUGUGGAGAUUGAAUCAGUUGGUUUAGCCGGGAAAUCCAAGGCUAACCACGUUUUAAAUAAGCACUUCCGCCUUGAGUUUAUCGACAAUAAACAUGAUGGAGUGGAUGAAGAUUCAGAUAUCAAAGCACUUGAAAGCAAUUUUGUUGCUGUUACUCUCAUCUCUCUUUCUCCCUACGUGGAGUCGAACAUUCAUACAGCGGCUGCAGAUUGGAUUAGGUCUACUUUCAAAGAAGACCAAUAAGAGCCUCCUAUAUAUUUGUCCUAUCAUUGGUCGAUAAUUAAGCCACCGAUUCAAAGCGACAUAAUAUAGGAACGUUAUAUUGUGUUGAUUUAGGUCUACAUUUUCUUACUCUUCGCUUUUUCUAGUUGUGGAAGCUUAAGGAAAUGCUUCCAUUUGUUAUUUAGAAUUGAAGCAUGUUGUAAAUGGCUGGCUUUUUGAUAUUUUUCACCAGACCAUUUCAAGUUAAGAGUCUCCGGGGUUUUAUUUGUCCUCAGCACCUCUAUUAAGUAGUGGCUUGUAGCUUUUGGCGGUUGUAUUUCAAAUUUUAAAGAAAUUUUGUAAUCAAGUUAAGUUAGAGGUUGAUGAUUAUAAAA